UUGUUUUGAAUCCGGUGUUCAGUGUUGAUCGAGACGCGAGAGGGAGUGGACUGUCGCCGUGCGUGUCUGUCUCUGCCGCAGGAUCGUGUCUUGUGCCUCCCGCUGUGAAGUGAGAGAAAGAUAGACAAGAAAAAAGGAAACCAAAACAAACUAGCUGAUCAACAUUCAGAAUAAAAGAAAAACAAAACUAAUUACAACAAAGAAAAUUAAAAAGUGAUAACAAUAACUUCAGGAAAAGACUAAAACACAAAAUCAUUACUCAAGAAAAAAAAAGCUUUGAAAACCAAAAUAAUGAUGUUUAAUAAAAGUGAUCGGCACUGACGAGGGGAAGACUGUUGGCGAAGAGCGACCUUUCAUUAAUACCCAGGGCUGAGGGGGCGAGAGGGGCGCUAGAGGGAGCUGCGGAGGGAUGGGCCGCCCCCCCACCCCCACCUCCUGACGGGGCCACGGCUAUCACCCCCACCCCAGGGAAGGAGGAGGAGGAGGAGGAGGAAGACGAGGAAUACAAGGCGUGUGAGAGGAUAAGAAAAAGAAGGGAAUAAGGGAGGAUAAAAGGAGGGAGGAUAUAAGGUUCGUAAGGAUAAAAGAAGCGAAUCAAAGAGGAAAGAAGAGAGAGAGGAAAACCCAAGUGGCCGAAGGUUCUCAAGGUCAAAGAGACGGAUUUGUGCACGGAGGCAACAAUCACCAACCUCACGGAGCAAGAAGAAAGGAAAGAAAAGGAAACAAAUAACUUCGAGUCAUUUGGUAUAUAAAUAAAGAAACAGGAAGGAAAAGAAAAUAGAGGAAAAGAUGAAACCAGGAUAUUUCAUGGGUCGUAAAAGAUAACUAUAAAAGAAAGAAAAAGAAGAACAAGAAGGGAAGGAACGGAACAAGAGUCGUAAGAUAAAAAACACAACAAAAGGAAACGAAACCAAGCUGUCAAGAAGGGAGAGGGAGAGAAAAACAGGAAGAAAGAAAACGAAUCAAAUCAAAACAAACCUUAACGCAGACACAACAAAGGGAAGCAAAGACUGACUAACGAAGCGAAUUUUAAACGUGACGCAGAACGAAGAAAGAAAACGGAGGAGGAGAAGGAGGUGGCAAUAGUGACUGGCAGCUGUGGUAGUGGUGUACGUGCGUGCGUGCGUGAGUGUUCGUGAGUGUGCGUGGCGUGCGUGAGUGACCUUGAACCGUGAGUGCCUUGCUCGGGGCCAUGGAUCGAAGGUCGAGGUCGCCGCUGAAGAAGCCGGAGGUGAAGCGGCGAACUCUGAGCAUCACGAGGCGCCGGAGACUGUCGGUGGACGAAGGGCGGCAGGUGACCCACGCCAGAAAAGAGUUCGUGGCUCACGGUGCCAAUGUCAACUGCCUGGCUCUGGGUCACAAGUCCGGCCGCGUGCUGGUGACGGGUGGUGACGACAAGAAGGUCAACCUAUGGGCCGUGGGCAAGCCGAACUGUAUCCUGAGCCUCUCGGGUCACACCACCCCCGUCGAGUGUGUGCGAUUCGGUGGGUCUGAGGAGCUGGUGUGUGCUGGGUCCCUCAGCGGCGCACUCAAGAUCUGGGACUUGGAGGCAACCAAGAUCGUGCGCACCCUCACCGGCCACAAGGCGAACAUCAGGUGCAUCGACUUCCACCCCUAUGGAGACUUUAUCGGCACCGGCUCCCUCGACACAAAUAUUAAGCUAUGGGACAUCCGGCGGAAAGGCUGCAUCUUCACCUACAAGGGCCACAACCUCACCGUCAACAGCCUCAAGUUUUCCCCCGAUGGACAGUGGAUAGCCUCAGCGGGGGAGGACUGCAUCGUGAAGCUAUGGGACCUCCGUGCGGGCAAGAUGAUGACCGAGUUUGCUGACCACUCUGGACCAGUGAGCGACGUGGAGUUCCACCCUCAUGAGUUCCUGCUUGCUUCGGCCUCACAUGACCGCACCGUCAACUUCUGGGACCUGGAAAAGUUCUCUCUCGUCUCUGCCACAGAUGCCGACACUGGGCCCAUCAGAACCAUUGCCUUCCACCCUGACGGAGACUGUGUGUACGCUGGCUCCCCCGACGUGCUCAAGGUGUACGGGUGGGAGCCAGCGAGAACCUUUGACACCGUGGCCAUGGGCUGGGGCAAGAUACAGGAUAUUGCCAUCGCACAGAACCAGCUGAUUGGUGCCGGCUUCCAUGGGGUCCACGUCUCCCUGUACGUGGUGGACCUGAAGCGCGUGCAGCCCUUUGGUGGCCCCCAGCAGGACGUGCCCUCCACCUUCCGCUAUGGCGCCGCGAUACGUAAAAGCUUUAGCAAAGAUAAAAAUUCUGGGAAGGCCACGGUGGAGUCCAUGAAGGUGGAGGAGGCAUCAGACACAGGGGGGGAGGAUCCUCAGGAGGAAGACCCGCCCCCAGAGAUCACCAACCUCAACGACUACAACGUUAUCUUCAAGACGCGGAGAGAACUACAGAGAACUCCACCCCCGCUCGAGCCCAAACCCACCAUAAACAAUAAUAAUGACCCAAUGGUGCCACAAGUCAUGUCUAGUCCUGAUGUGAUAAGACCAGAGCCUGUGAGACCUUCCCCCGCGCAGACGGCCCGCCCCACCACCCCGGACACCACCAGACGGGGCUCCUCCCACAGUGUAUCUCACCUCCCCCGCCCCAUCUCAACCCCCAGAGAGAACGCCACCCCAAGAUAUGAUAAUGGUAACCAGCCCCAGACGCCUCCCUCAAACCCCGCCAGUUUUCCAAGUCUGUUCGAAAGACGCAGCUCCACUCAGGACCCGUCGGUGUACAACUCCUCUCCCCAUAGAGAUCACUCACUCAGCGGCAGCGGCAGCCCCAACCUGAGCAAUCAGCCCUACCGGCCGCGAGCCAUUUCUGAGAGUCGCAGGGAGACCCGGGAUGGAUCAGGAGCGCCAAGCGAGCCUGAGGGCAGCAGGUACCACAUCCGCCACAGCCCUUCAGAGCCUUACCUGGUACGGCAGAACUCCUCCCCUGUACCUCCCGUCUACCCCAUCUCGUACCACGACUCAGCCCCAAGUCUGCCACAACUGGCGAGACCCGAUAUCACUAACCUUAGUCGCAGCCAAGCCUCCUCCAAGCCUGACAUCAUGGCUCAUUCCAAGCCCCUGGACCGGCCAGCACUAGUAAGGGCAGGGCCAAGGCCACACUUACCCCAGAGUCCUGAUGUGUCCUAUCUAGGCACGCCCAAGACCACUAGUCCUGAAAUUUCUUACAUGGGCACCCCAAAGGAGCUGCCAGACUAUAGCUACCAGAAGGAUGGCAUGAAGGACACAGGCUUCUCUUCAGCCUUCUCGACGCAGCAAGACAAAGGCAUCAUUAACUUUGAUGACUUCUUGCCUAACAAGAUUGGUGGGAUGACCCUGAGUGGAGGCGGCACCACUACCAGCCUGACGGGCAUCGCCGGCACGGAGAUGUCGGAGCAGGAGGUGAUCAACAGCAUCAUGGGCGGCCACUCGUCCAUGAUGUCCGUCAUCUCAGCGCGGGCCCGGGGGCUGCAGAUUGCCCACAAGCUCUGGCAGAACAAGGACCUGAGGACGGCAGUGGAGCAUGCACUCAACACUGGGGACCAAGCACUUCUGUCUGACUUGCUCACUAUUAUUAAUCUGCGCCCAACAAGUUGGAAUCUGGACCUCCUGACAGCACUCCUUCCUCCUGUCAGUUUGAUGUUGCAGAGUAAAUAUGAAGCGCAUGUGAUGGUUGGAAGCAAUUCUCUAAAGCUCAUGAUCAAGAACUUUGCUACAAUGAUCAAAUCCAACUUGAGUGGCCCAAUUCACUCAGUGGGGGUCGACAUAUCCAGAGAAGAGAGAUACCACAAAUGUGCCGAGUGCUACAACCACAUGAUGUCCAUACGAGCAUUCCUGCUGAAGCGUCAGACUGUCCAGGGGAAGAUGGGCACUGUCUACAGGGAGCUGGUCAUCCUUUUACAGGCGUUUGAUUAGCCGAGUGUUAGCUCAGAGGUGAUCCAUUGUGAUGCUUCUAAGUGGCCCCCGUGUGGCACCUCUGAAAGUUCCCCAGGUAGUGACUGUGACCAAGAGCACUGGGCUAACAGCUGGCUGGCUCAGCACUGAAGUGACCAGCCUGGGAAGUAUACAAAGGACCGGAGGUGGGCAAAUGUGAUUGUGGACAUGUACAAUGGCAGGAAACAGUUCUUAGUGGUGUACUUGUAAGAGCAACCUUAUGGUACAUUGUGAUAAAACUACUGAAUCUUUAACUGAAGGUAUUUAAUCCUCAAAUAAGAAUAAGAGGAAUGCUUUGAAAAUGUAGAAAGUAUUACCAAAUAUUAAUAUAUAACAGUAUAUGACAGAGUGCCCUAACCUUUGCUAUUACCACUGCACUGUGUCUGUAUAUAUAUCUCUGGAAGUAUGGAAUAGGUGCUUAUAACAUUAAAAAUAUUCUCCAAAGUGAUGGUGAUUGAAAAGACUGAGCAAACCAGCUGAUUUCAAGGAGGCAUAGCAAAGCCAGGGAUGCAUGAGGCCACAGAGCCACACUGUCAUCAGCUGCUGGCUGGUGCAUGCACAGUGAGGUUACUUAGUCACUCAUUAUAUAUAUAAAAUUUGUGCCUUCUCAAUUUUUUACUCGGUGUCCAGCAUGGCGCUGAGCCUAGUAGCAGCAGGCAGUACUAGUAGUGUGGUGGCCGCCGGGUUGCUAGGCGGCUCUCAGCUUUACUGGUGGGAUGGUACAUUAUCAUUCUCCAAUGUUGUGAUUUUAAGAAACUCAUUUUGUUGCCAGAUAUGUUGUUUUCGCGCUGCAGUGCCUCUUCCCACUUUGUGUCUCGCAGGGAAGGGAAAGCGUUGCCUCUUGUUUCACAUUCCCAGCGGCCCCUUUGUGGUCUGGUCAAGAACCCUUCACACUCCCCUAGAGGCCACUUACACAGACACCUCGGCUAACUUUCCUGUAAAAAUUACAGUAUCCCCCUAAACAAAUACUUUUAGUUUAGCAUCAACUCUCAGAAACACUACACUAGAAUUAUGAGGGUUCUUAAAACUGAGGCUUUGAAAGGUCUUUUUGAUUGACCUUUAGAGUGGCAAGGUUUAAAGAAAAGUCUGUUAGGAAGUGUGUCUAGUGUCCCUGAGCCAUGGUCUUGCAGUCCACACAGGAGCAGUCCAACACUGUCUCCAGCUGGCAUGGGAGCAAGUGUCUUGAAGACGUUUUUGUUUUCUAUUAUUUUUAUUUUGUUUUCUGCUCAAAUUUGUGAGGUGUUUUCACGCUGGCCUGGCUGGGCAGUGCCAAAUACUGAACUCUUGCCUACUUGUGUUGCAGCACAUUGCUGUGGAAAUUUCCUCCAAAUUGUUGGAGAGUCUAUACAUUUGAUUUCCUGUUUUACUCACUCUAAAUAUGAUGUAAUCUGUGACUCAGGAUGUUUUCUAAAGUUUCUCUAUGCCAAAUGUCUUAUGUUGAUUUUGUCCCUUUUCUGUAUGAAUAAUUUUUUCUUCCAUCAUCCUUCUCUGCAUUUUCAGUUUUUAGUUUAUUCCUUUCCCUUUGGCUCACUGUUAUUUAAUACUUUGCUGUCAUUUUCAUCGAGAUAUCAUUCAACUGAUUGAAAGAUAUUUUACAGUAUUGUUUUCCACCGUACUGAAGUAAGAGAUACCUCCAGGCAUUUUUAUCAAAGGGCAGUCUGGGAAGGGCUGCCUCUGAUGCCCCUCCAGAGGGAGACGCUGCUGGCAGUAGAGGGAUCAGCCUCCCAGGACCCCCAUUGUAUAGUCAGUGCUUGCUUGUAGCCAUUACCAAUGCAAUCAGCAGUUGUGUGCCUUGGAGGGAGUAGAAGUCUGUGUCAUUAUGAUACUAUAAUAAUUUACCGUGAGUUAACAUUGUGCUUGGGUUAAAUGAAAGGGCAUUGAAUUAAUAUGCAGAUCAUGCAAACAUGCUUGGGCCAACUAACCUCAUGAGCCAGAUGAAGAGGCAGGUGAUGGCUGGAAUCACCUGCCCCAGGUGAUUCUCACGCCAGGAACGAGGCUGAUCUCAAGGAUGUUUUGUAAAGUUGUUUUGAUUGUUCCAAGAUCUUGAAUGGCUUGAUAAGUGUAUAAUGUGGACUCAGAUAGUAGGACAGAGAUUUUAUGAUGUGAUUCAAAGCAUUGUUACGUGUUUAUGCUUCAGGAAGGUUAUGCUAGAAGUUUUAAAUUAGUAGUCAAGAGAAUUAUUGUUCAUAAGUGGUGUUGUGAGUGUGGCUGAGUCAGCAAAUGGAAGAGAAGGAGUAUGUAGAGAGUACAAGUGGUUAGGAAGACUAGUGGAAAUGUUCUGGUGUAAGUGUUAAAUAAAGUGAGAAUGUAAGUUGUAGUAGAGUGAGGGCGUGAGCUUUUGUUUAACUGAGGAUGCCAGUGCUCAGAAAUGUGAGAUUUUGUGAACCUGGGAAGGUGUUGAGGGCAGGCGUGUAAGGCAGCGCAGUGUUUGGGUGACUCAGCGGCGUGUGUUCUCAUCCCUGUUCCUUGAUGCAACAGUAGACGAUAUCAAGCGUCGAGGCAAGACACAAGCACACACACCAAAGGAAAAUAUCUUCACCCCUGUGAUUCACUGAGCUGUAUUAUGCUUGUGUGUUUCUAUUGCUGACAUAAUGUAUCAUGAACAUUUUCAGUAUAUAUUCUCACCAUAGUAUUUCUUUGUGAAGAAGGGAAGACUUUUGCUGUGACCACCCACUUGAGGAAGCACUAAAGACGAGGUAUUAGAGAAGACAUUACUGAAUUCUUGCUAUAUUAACAAAGCAACAUGCAUAAUUAUUUUAGCCCAUUGAGCUCAUCAGGACAGGGGUGAAGGUACCUUAUUUCUAUGUGUGUAUCACCAUGAGCAGGUGCAACAGAAUUCCAUCCAACUCUACAUGUUUUGUUUCCCAAGACCCCUUCAGCCAUGACCAGACAAUGGAGACUUGCAGCUGGAGUCUGCUGGAGGCACUCAACUCACACUCAUUCCAAAGUCAACUGAAGGACUACUGUACUACUUUCUUAACCAAAUACGUAGCUUAAGUUUAUUACAACUUACAUUUAUUUAACCUUAGCAAUGGCUGUGUCGGGGAAGGAAUGGUUGUUUUUGUAUGUACGUUGAUUCAUCGCGACUUGGUUCUCUGCGUGUGUGACCUGCGCUUCAGUCCUGGUGCUCACCCUAACAAUAACUAACUGGAUCUCAAAGGAACUGUCUUUUGUGUUGCAUCCACUCGCCCGGCUGACUUCCAGGGGCUGGUGAUGCUCCUCCACCAGCCGGCCUGGGUCAGCAGUCUCAAAAUUAUAUGUAUUGUGAACCUGGCAAUACUGGUAGUUGAUUAUGAAGCUUAUCUGUUACUUUUUGUGGGACCAUCCAUGUGUGGAGUGAGUGUGUGUGUUGUGAGUCAGGAAACGGUUCGUCUGUACGUGAUUCAUUGUUUGUUGGCCAUUUGAUCAUGACUUGUGUGUGAGUGUGUUGUAUGAGACAGGAAAGUGAGUCUGAUCUUUUACUGCGGCAGCUUGUCAAGAACAACAAACAUAAAUGUUAUCCCUGAAUCUAGCUAAAAAAGUUGAUGCUUUGGCCCUUGCAAUUAUGUUCAUGCAGGAUUUUGAGAGACCUUUGGAAAUAGUAAUAAAACUUUCACCUCAUGGCCAUGCAAUCUGUAUGUAAUGCAAGGCUGUUUAAAAGGCUUCUGGACAUGCUUUAUUCAGUUUUUUGUUGUUCUUGGUCUUAUCUAAUGCAAGGCUGUUUAAAUAAAAAGACCCCUGAACAUGCUGUCUGUAGAUUUAGUUCAUUCAUCAUGUCAUGCCAUCAUUGAAAAAUUCUAAGUAGUGUUGGUCACACGAAGGUACCAAAUGUAACUUUUGUUUGUUUCUAGUGUGUGUUUAAGAUUGUCACAAAACACUCCUGCAGAAACAUUGUGAAUUCAUCUCAUUAAUUCAUAUUUCUACAUGGAGAGAGGAAUGGCAUGGGAGGAGGAAAGGGAGAGCUUAGAAGUGGGAUGAUGACUGUAUGAAGGUUGUCACAAAACCCUUGCUGUAACAUCUUGAAUUCAUCUCAUUAACUCAUUUUUAUACAAAGAAAAAUUAAUUGUGUGGAAGAAGGAGAAGAAAUGAGUCGUGUUGAUUAUAUUGAGUGGAGAGUGAAGGCUGCAUGGAUGGUCCCAGUUUAUUAUUAUUUAAGUUCAGGCCAACAACUGAUCAUCUUGUCCACAGUGUGACAGAGAGGAAAAAAUAGGGAAGGAAUAUUUAUAGUGUAAAUAGAUAAUAUGGUGUACAGAGUUUGUGAUAAUAAAAUAUUGUUAAUUUCUAA